AUGGCUCUUGCACGACUCCGGCAUACAUGGCCUCUGCUCUGUUACCCUGUCCUCACCCAGGCAUACCUGGCAAAGUCGAUGGACACACUGAAGGACAAAGCUCCUCCGAUUCCACUCGUUCUACUUCAGCAGGCCGGUGUGCUUCACUCGAGCAAGCAGAACCUUGCCACGCGGGAGGGCUGGCGCAUGUCAGAUUUCGGCACUCAGACGGGCCGCGAGGUGCAGCAUUUGCAGACAAGAUACGAUCAGCGAUGCCUCAAUGUCGAGGAGAAUGGGAACGUGUAUAUGAGUGUUUGUCAGGCGCUUGAUCGGCAGAUGUUCUACUUCGAAGGUUCUCACAUAAAGUCCCUCGCCAGCGACAAGUGCCUUGAUUAUGACCAUUUCAACGGCAACGUGCACAUGUAUGCUUGCCACGAGCACGACAACCAGAAGUGGUACUUCCAAGGGGAAAGUCUCCGUACCAUGUGGGAUGAUAAAUGCAUGGACUACAACUACAACACUCAAAACGUAUACAUGUGGUGGUGCCAUGGAGGCAGCAAUCAGAAGUGGUUCUUCUCAGAAUCGCUUCCAACCGUCACCUCGACUACGGUGCUCGUCAGCGGAAGCACCACCACCACAAGCCUUGAUGCGACCACCGCCAUCACCAAGGCCACUACCACCACCACAUCCACCGCAUCGGCCACUGCCAGCACUACCACCAGUACGACCACUACUACCACUACUACCACUACCACAUCCACCAAUGCCACCACAGCCACCACUACCACCAUUGCAACUUUCACUUCUACAGCCAUUUCGGCCGCAGACACCACAACCACAUUCAUUCCGAACGCCAGCACCACACAUGGCGAUGACGGAACACCAGCAAAGGAGCUUCCGAUUUUUGAUCGUCCAAUCUGCAACGAUGGUGCUGUGCCACAGGUUGAGGGGCAUCUGGCCUGGAACAGUCAUUGGGUGCUGGAUGCAGGCUGCCGUUACGAGGUGUGGGAUGCCCGGGCUACAACUACCUGUUUGUCGGGUAGCUGGGUGGUGUUGCAGGGAGCAUCAAAUGGCUUGCUGAUGUUCCACACGCUGCUCAUGAUGCUGACUGCACCAUCUACGAACCGCAUCCGCUCUGGAAGGUUUGGUGGUCGAGCGGUCAUCGAUGUUUUCAUUCAAGACGGGCAGAUUCUGGAAUACAGUGCGUUACCAUCUGUCGGAAAUCCGUGUGAAGAAGUCAAGCAUGGCAUCAUGGCGGCUGCCGACAACUGCAAGCAGCAUGUCUUGAAGCAUUGGGCGGGCUUGUCAGAGCACGCUCCGGACGUGUUGCGCAUUACCAUCUUUUGCUGGUGGUUCUGGGACACAACUCCCCUGAUUAUCGAUUUAGUCGAGGCUGAUCAGCACUGGAAAGAUGCAGACGUCGCAAUGGUCGUCCAGGUGUCAGCCUGGUACACUAUUUGCAACUACAUCAAGACGCACGAAUGCCCACGACAGGACCUGCUCGAGUGCAGCGAAGACGACGCGGCGAGAAGCUUCAACUCCGAGAUGCAGUCAGCUCUAGAGAGGUUGAAACCUUUCUGCAGUGCUCGAGCUCGACGGCACGGUUGUGUCGUUGGUACGAAGUCGUGGAGUGCUGCCGGCGGUGGUCUUGGUGCAUCCUUCGCGCGCUUUGAUGAGCUUGUACGGCAGAGGAUGACAGAUUUGGAUGGGCCUACACGGCUGCGAAUGUUCGACUUUUACAAGUUUGGUGCGGGUAUGCCAGAGCAAACCAUACUGGGUCACGGUUCGCAGAUUCUGCAUUCGUGGGCCUGGCAAAUCAUGUUGAACGGCUUCUGCCCUCGAGACGCCGCCAUGAAAGUGUCUGGUCUGACUUUCUCUGGGCCCCUCUGCUCCGCUGCAGAAGUGGAUCUGGAGAAAUGUCCUGAGUAUGCUGAUCUGUGUCGCAAAUGGGGCAGGUGCACGACGUGGAUGUGUAUGAACAGCAUCCCGUGUCAGCUACUGCCAUUUGAUCUACGCACCUUCAAUGCAGCUGCCACGAUUCAAAGCUCUUCUGGAGCCUGGCCACUGGGCAGCAGAUGA